UCCUCUUGUCUCGGCCCCUCCCCCCCGCCUAAACCAUGCUCCGCGACGCCGAGCUCGACUCGCUCGACGCGCAGGUGCGCCAGUUCCGCGUCUUGAGCGGCCGCCAGCACGACGCCCUGCUCGACGUCGUCCGCCAGUACGAGCGCCUGCUCGACGACUACCGCAGCCUGCGCAGCGACUAUGAGGAGGAGAAGGAGAACCGCGAGAAGUACAAGCGCCAAGCCCGCGGCCUCGUCGACCGCAAUCCCUUCGUCCUGCUGCUUGUUGACGGCGACGGCUACCUCUUCGACGACCAGCUGAUCAAGGCGGGCGCCGAGGGCGGGGCCCGGGCUGCCGAGCUGCUGGCUGCUGCCGUGCGUGAGCGCGUCCUGGAGCUUAGCCGUGACGGCGAGCAUUGGCGCGUCGUCGUGCGCGUGUGCUGCAACCUCGCCGCCGUCUCGCGCGUCUAUGGCAGGGCCGGUCUGGUCGGCGGCGAAGCCCGUGCCAUUGCUCCCUUCACCGCCGCCUUCAGUGGCGCCAAAGACUUGUUCGAAGUCGUCGAUUGCGGUGACAAGAAGCUAGCCGUCAGCACCAAAGUCGAGGAGACGUUCCGUUUGUUCUCCGAGAGCAACCAGUGCAAGCACAUUUUCUUUGCCGGCUGUCACAACACCCGCUACCUUGACCUCCUCGCGUCUUACGCCGGCCGUACCGAACGCUUCACUCUCGUCAAGGCUGCCGACCACCAACACGAGUUCCAGCGCCUGAGUCUGCCAAGCCAAAUCUUUCCCUCUGUCUUCCGUGUAAAGCCCUUGGACAGCUCGACCGCGAACGCACCCAACACAAAGGUCAAGGGCGCCAGUGAGACGUCGAGCCCUGCCCCGUCUGUCAACGGCCAAACCAAGAAGCCCUGCAAGUUCUUCAUCCAGAAGGGUUGGUGCAAGUUUGGAAAGGGAUGUUCCCUUCUCCACGAAAGGCCAGCCGAGGCCGCCGGGGACCUGAAGACCAAAGCGGGCGACGUCCAGUCCGGGUCUAAAGACUUGACCGUCAACUGGAGAGCGCAAGAGCCCACUGCCAACGCCUUCUCCGACGACUGGGGUAGUGCGCCGGUGAAGAACAAACAGCCAAGCUUUGCCGAUGACUGGGGCAACGCCCCGCCCAAGGGCCGACAGCCAAGCUUCGCCGAUGAUUGGGGUAAUGCGCCGGCCAAAGCUCAGCCGCCAAGUUUCGCCGAUGAUUGGGGGAACGCUCCUGUCAAGGCUCAGUCGCCAAGCUUCGCCGACGAUUGGGGCAAGGGAACUGCCGCCCCGAAACGUAAUGGGAGCGAGAGCAAGAGGAGCCAAGCGCCAGCAGCGAAACCAGUCUUCGCUGACGAUUGGGGGACCGAGGCGAAGCCGCCUGACGGGCCCCUCUUUGCCGACGACUGGGGCACCUCGCAGCCUAUGUCUCGGUCGACGUCGACGUUGAAUUCGCGAGCGGCCAAGCCCGUUUCUCAGCCGCCGCAGCAGGCGCCACCGAAAUCGCAGCCCAUGGGCCUCCUCAAGAGCCGACGGGGCUCGGUCGACGCGACUGAUUCGACAAAGGCUGAGCCGGAGCCGCCAGCCCGGUCGUCCAAGCAAGAACGCAAGUUUAGUAACGCCUUCACUACUGCCGCCGACCUUCCUCGUCCCUCGGCCGAGACCGAGGGCCUAAUCCCGCUGAACAAGUACGGAGACCGGCUGGACUACUACCUUCCGCGUCCCAAGGCAGAAGAAUAUGCCGAGUACAACAGCAUGGUCAAAGAGCCUGGUCGUAAGCCUUGCAACGACUACCAACUCAAGGGACACUGCAAUGCGUUGACCGCGGGGCGUGAGUGCGAGUUCAACCAUGAUCCUCUUCCGACCGAGCUUUUCCAUGUCCUGAAGGUCAUCGUCCAAGGCUACCCGUGCUCCAAGCGAGCUACCUGCCGUCGUGCCGAUUGCUAUAACGGCCACGUAUGCCAGCGCCCGGGAUGCAGAGGCGGAAAACCUUGCAAAUUUUGUUUCCAGGCGCAUAAUUUGGAUCCUAAGGUGGCCGAAUGGGUGCCUGCCAUAGACAUGGACGACCAAAGCAGCGUUGCUAGUGUCAAUAUGGCGCCGGACGUGAAGCCUGAAUUCAACCCCAACGUCAGCGAUUUCAACCCCCUGACUGCUCUAACAUCUGAGUGGACGCCGACCCCCGUUGAGAGCGCCGCCGAAUGGAUGCCGGCAGCCCCAUUGUUGGCUGAGUCGACGGAUGAAGCGCCUGCCCUUUCUGUGGGUUCCCUCGAGGCUGCCGAAUUCACUCCCUCCCUUCCUGUUGUUCCUCCUGAGUCUGCCGAAUUCGAGCCCUCUCUUCCUGUGCUUUCCCCAGAACCGGCAAAAUUUACUCCCGCCGCCCUGCCGUUCAGCGAAAACGGUACCGCAGCAUGGGCGCCGAGCGCCGCAGCUUCGGAGUGGAUGCCGGCAGAGCCCGCAGGCGGGGACUGGAAUCCUGCGGCUGCGGAGUGGAAGCCCAGUGCGAACCCACUUGCAGAUGACAAGAGCGACGUUUCAGAAGACGGCGAGGUGCCCGACGAUGAGAUCUUUGGCGACAAUGCCACGCGGGCCGAGAACGGCAAUGCGACCCUUGCGUCUUAAGCGCCGUAAGGUUUGCACCAUAAAGGCGCGUUCGGCGUUGCAUGUUGUGUUGAUUUCGCCGGCAACCUUCAGCACUCGCCGCCAAUGGGGAA